AUGUCAACUGUGGAAAAGGAGGCCAUCAUUGAAGAUCUACGCUCCGAACUAGUACAUGAAGAAGACCCCAUGAUCCCAGUUGUCUGCAUGAAACAGAUUGAUACAAACUGCGAAGACAUCAUAGCUGAUAAAGCCACUGCGCUAAACCUACUCAAUAACAACAAUCUGAUGGGGCAAUACUACGCUUGGGGUCAGAAGUAUGUUGACUGGAGUCAUUUCUGGAUCCUACUCUGCCAUCUAAAACCAGGGUUACGUAUAUUAGAGAUUGGCGGGGGCACUGGAACGGCCACCGCAGCUGCAUUGCGUUCGUUAUACAACUUGGGAGUGCCCAUGUACUCCAAUUACAUGUGUUGA